CUCACCGUGAAUCAUCAAUAGCUUCACCUCCAUUGCAAUUCCCAUCGCUUUCUCCUUCCCGCCCAUGCGAUUGCUGUUCUCCAUCCACCAGCAGCAUCCUCGUCCCUCGUCCCUCUGAUCCUCGCCGACGAUCCGGUGCUGCAUCUAAGACUACGGGCACCCACUCAGACCGUCGUCCUCUUCCAUCCCCAUCCAACCAGUCAAACCCCAGCACGCAAGCCUCGCCUACCACGCCAGUUACGUCCUGAAUCGAAGCUGCGCCCAUCGUCAUAUCAACGAAAGCUCUGAAAGACUCAGCUCUCAGUUCCUUCAACAUCUUUUUUUUUCGUCUGUUGCAGAUGCGAUAGAGUCCUCAUUCGCCCUUGGUUGGCAGAGGUAGUACGGCUGUGCGCCGAAGUCUCGACAUGUUUGGAAGCAAGAGGAGAAGGGCCGCGUCGAAUCCGCCUCUGAAUGGAACCAAUGCCAGCGCCUCGGCGACGACUGCAGCAGCGCAGGCUUUUCUGAAGAAUCGAUCCUCGAAUGCGUCCUUGUCAUCCGCGGCCGCGGCGGCAGCAUUACGAUCACGACCAACGACUCCCACGUCCGUUGCAGAUGUCCAGACCAAGCGAACACUUCGGAGAGCUGGAUCGACUUCGUCGGUGGGAAGCUCUGUGUCCGGGUCGAUAAAAGGACCACCGGGAUCGCAACUGGAACGCAGAGGAAGUGUGGGAUCGAUGACAGAGCGUACAUUCCGCGAACCUUCACCUGCGCGAUCACAACCCGUCCCCAGUGCUCCGGAUGCGCCACCAGUUCCUGCGAUUCCCAAGAAUAUGCAGCAACCACAGCCUCCCACGAUACCGGCCAAGUCCCACCGAAGGGCUGCUAGUCUGGAGGCACCGCCCAUGCGCGUGGCAUCUCCCCCUCCCAACAAAGCCAGUGGACGAGGAUCCAGCUUAGGACCAACAGGAUCAACACAACCUCCCAGGAGAUCCGGUCCCAGGGCUUCGGGCUUGUCCAGUGUGCAAGAGCUAACACGGGUAGAUCGACCAGCAAGUAGAGGGUCCGUUCAUUCCAUCAAUUUUUCCAUGCCUACAAGUUCAAGGCCGACCUCACCUAUGGGACAGAGAAGGCUAACAUCUCCUGCUCCUCAAAGGCAAAAUUUACCAAAGAUUGUUUCUCCUACUAACCAGAAUCUGAUCUACGACCCUAAUACUCGAAGCUUUCUUCCCGAAGUAGAGAUUCUAGCUAUCGAGCAAAGGUUAAACAAUGCCGCGACUAGGCCCGUCAAGAAAAAGAAGAAGCCCGUAUCAGCGGCUGGGUCACAUCUAUCGAGUGGAGGAAUGGGUGCCAAACCGAGGGGAACCGCAAUCGAUGCAUUGGAAGCAGCAGAGUCAAGUUCGGCCCGUCAACCAGUACAACAACCCGUACCAACACCAGCACCAGUAUCUGCACCAGCUCCAGUUAUUGAAACAGCACCUCCCCCUCCUCCGACCCAGUAUAUACCAGCUCCUGCUUCCGAAUCACCAAAAUCAGCGCCACCAAGGAGGAGAAAGAAGAAGGUUGUCCUUAGUGACUCUGAGGAUGAUCAAGGGUCCUAUAACCCAGGGUCAUCAGAUACCGAUAGUGAUGUCCCGCAGACUUUCAAUACUCGGGCCGGAACCCUAUUGGCGAAGAAACCCUCGAUUGUCCGAGAAGAUCGCGAGCGAGAAGAGGAAGAAGAUGAUACUCCAGGGAGAACAAAGGCCAGUGGGGGCCUGACGAAGCUGGAUACUAGUCCUGCUGCCGCAAGGCAGAUUUCGCCAUCACCGUUGCCUCGAUCUGUUGCUGGAAGAGGUCAUGGUAGAGGCCAAGCUCGGGCUUCUGCAGCAUUUGCUCAAGAACGACAACAGGGCAGAUCAGUCAGUCAGCCUCCGUUAAGCCCUACGGAGCCUCCAGUAGAGGGAGUUGGCUUGGUCUCAAAGGACAGUGUUCGUGGAGGACGUGUGCAUUCUGUCAGCCCUGCUCGAACUGCACAUUUUGCAGUGACCCCAGAAAGUCUGGUGGUCAAACAUCAGCCACCAGCUCGUUCUAUCUCACCUCGAAAAUCUGCUCUCAAACACUCAAACUCUCCACGUGGACCAUCGCCCGUUGAAGGCCAAUCGAGCGAAGUUAAUGGCAGUGAAGCUUCAAGCUCGGUGGUCGGCUCGGAGGAGCUUACUGUGCCGAAAAAGAAAGCAAACAGAGUCAGUUUUGAUGAAACGAACGUUGUGGUCGGUCAAGCCGCAGCGCCAGUAACUACUGAUUCCCCUGUCGUUUUGAGUCCACAAACGAAACGAUCGUGGUUCAGCAUGGGUAGGGGCAAGAAGAAGGAACCUGUGAUGACAGAUGAGGAUGAUGAGGUUAUGAAACCAAGACCUGCUCUACCAUCAUUCGGAAGUGUACGUGAAAGGAAGCCAUCCAAAGAGGUUGAGGAACGGCAACUGGUCAAGCCUGCGGAGCCCAUUGAAAAGCUUCCACCAGCAUCUCCCCCGCUAUUUACUUCGCCCACUGGUGAGAUCAUUGAAAAUCCUUUAGGACAAUCAAACGAUCACGUCGUCGGUGCUAUCUUGGCACAAGAUGCCACGUCGAGGAACGAGGCGAAUAUCUCGAAAUCUCGCGAGCCAUUACCACCUGAAGUCACUUCCGUCGAGGGUAGCGGGUAUCACUCCGACACCGACAGUAGUGUGUAUAGUAUGGAGAAUCACAAAUCAGACGUUGGAAUGGGACGAGCUGAUAGCGUUAAACGUGGCCCUGAAGAUGGUCACGUCGACACCUACAGAGCGUUGACGAACCAUGAAGAUAGUCAUAUUGAUGAGCAUGCUAAUGGCAAGACUGUUACCGAAGAGCCAGAAGAGGAGGAAGCGCCAACACCCAAGGCCAUUGACAUUGUGCCAGAAAUUGCAAUCCUUCAAGCCACUCCUACGAUCGAUGAAUCUAUCUCGAAGAACGAGUGGCCUGACAUGCCUGGAUCCUGGGGAAGCUCAACCUCAGAUUCUGGUAGCGCUACACAAGAAGAUUCGGAAGUCGUUGAGCCUGCGGUCGUUCAGCCAACUCCUGCCAUUCAACCAACUCCUGCAGAUGUUGGAGUAGCUGAGCCAAGCCCUGUCACUCACGCACCUAUCCCACCGCAAGAUCCGGAAAUUGUUUCAGCAUCUACUCAUGUCGCCCCUGCUAUAUUAGAAGAGCCUGAGGAAUCUGAUGCUAGUGUUUACAGUGAUGCAGCGGAAGAAUUAACGGACACUGAGGGCGAUGGAUACUUGUCUUUGAAUGCUGUUGUAGAAAGCCCUGUCGUCAACACCAAUCUCCCAGGUCUCGCCAUCUCCACACCUCCUGAUAGCCCAAUCACAAAACUCACCAAGGAGAAGGCUUUCAAGAAAAGUCAGUUGCCGAAACAAGAUAGUGGACCCGAGAUCGAUGCUGGGUGGGACCAGGUCCAAGCAUAUUGGAGUACACUUUCAGCUGAAAAGAAGAAACAGCUUGAGUUGGAAGCUCGGGAAGAAGCUGAAGAUUCGGAAUCGACAAUUGAGGCCAAGCCUGCUCCAAAGCCAAAGAAGAAAAAGAAGGUCGCAGUCCAGCCUGAACCAGCCAUAGUUGCAUCUCAACGCGAACCUGCGGUGGCUCAGGAGAGGAAUUACAUGAUCCAGCCAGGGGCGAAAGCUGGACCAAAUGGAUUUGUUGCCAUGCGGUCAUCAAUGCGAGCUGAGCCUGCAAGUACCACAAAAGAACCUCAUAUUCGAAAGUCGAUGAGAGGUUCCGAAGCAAUGCGUGGUUCAUUGCGGGGAUCUUCUGAAAGUGCUGAGCCAAAGGGUUCACUACAGAAGAAGUAUCGACCCAUGUCAUAUCCUCCUCCUGAGACCAAGCCAGAUCCCGUUGCUGUGAAUAGGCAUGUCAGAGCUUUGUCAGCAGCGAGCGCCGCAGCCGCACCAGCGGCAGCACAGCGGGAUUUGACUCCUGCUAAGCCAACUCUUCGCCGGAAAGGAUCUGGUGAUAGUGACAGUAGUUUCAAACGAGCUAAGCCUAGCAACAACAAUGAGAUUCCGAGUUUCAGACGGUCUAUGCGAGGUUCUAUGGAUCAGGAUCAAGGUCGACAAUCUUCACCAAACCGAUCAAGUCGAUUCAGUCUCAGAUCAUUGUCACCUACGGGGUCUGCUUUCCGUCGUCCUUUCAAUAGUGGUGCUCCUGCAGCCAAUUCAACGCCUACUCAUAUGCGAAACUCAUUGCGAAACAGUACUCGGGAUGCACCAACAUUAAGAAAUCCAUCAAAGGGCUUUGGACGUGGAAGCUCAGCCAAACCUUCAAAGCAAAAGUCUCGCCCAAGCAAGAGCCGCUUCGCGGAUUCCAGUGAUGAAGAUGAAGAUAGACCUACUUUCCGAAGUCGAUUCAAUGAUUCCAGCGACGAAGAUGAACCUGGGCCAAUGCCCUUGCCACGCACAAUGCGAUCAAUAGCUCCUCCGGUUGCUAAGCGAACACAAGAUGGUGACUCCAGCGACUUACCAGACAGCGAUGAAGAGAAGUCAGGCUUGUCUUCCCUCAGACUUGCAAAGAAGCGUGGUACAAACGGUACAACAGCACCAGUCUCCAACCAAGGCGCAACACUUGCUUCAGGCUCCCUACGACGAUCUGGCUCGGGACGCGAGACUAUUAGCUCUCCCAUCACCACUGUUACACCAUCACGGCCGAACCACUCUCGUCGUGGAAGUUUCAUGUCCAUCCUCCGCAGAAAGAAACCAGACCCAGCAUCCAAGGUCCGCAAAUCCGACGCCGAAUCCCCAGCACGGAGAGACACACCUCUCGAAAGGAGUAAAUCCGACCUCCAACAACUCCGCGCCGAACGACCUUCAUCGCCGAAACUGCAAAAGCGCCGCACGAUCAGUAGAGAGAAUAGCAGUUCGUGGCCCUUGGCUGCUCCUGCCCCUCCUCGCAUCUUAGGCGGUGAAGACGGGAGGCCGUUCUCGGCGGAUAAUGGGAUGGGUGUUACAGGUGGUGCGGGGGAGAAAGAUGUCCUUAGCAACGGGAAUGGAGAGAGGCCGGAUCUGGGGACGAGGAGGUUCACGGCGACGGGGCUGGCGGAUGUGGAUAUUGCCGGCGUGACGGAUAUCCCAGGGAGGAAGAAGAAGAAGUUUGGGAAGUUGAGGAGGAUGUUUAGGCUUGAUGAUUGAGGGGAUGGGGGCGGUCUAUCUAAUCGAGGGUUUUUCUUCUGUGGGUGGAGGUUUGGGGAGGAUUGGGUUAAAAUAAGGCAGGAAGUACAUACACAUACGGCGAUUUUCCGAUUUUUCAUUUUUUUGAAGUGGAAUGUAUGCAUGUCAGAUGAAAGCAAGAGAGAUAGAAAAGAUACCAUUCUUUGUAUAAAGUUUAGG